AUGGCUGGAAACAAGGCGGGUGCAGACGAUGCGUCUACGCGCUCAGUGGGGCCCCGAGUCGUGUACUUGACGCUGUACAACACUGUUUUCGCGUGCCUAUGGGCGUCUAUCUUCAUCAGCACCGUUGCCAACGUCCCCCACGGCAAAUUUGCCAUUUUCCAGGCCACAGAGCCACGGGCGAGAUGGGUUCAGACGUUCACGUUGAUUGAGGUGGUGCAUGCUGCUGUCGGUCUUGUGAAGUCGCCCGUAGGCACGACGGCACUCCAAGUUGUUGCCCGUACUAUCAUUGUCUGGAUGGUGUGGUUCAGCUUCCCGGAGAGCACCGCGUCAUCUAACGCAUACCUCGCGCUUGUACUCGCGUGGUCCGUUGCAGAUUUCGUUCGCUAUGCGUACCUGACUCUGAAUCUUCAUGGCAAAGCAACAUCUAGCCUCAUCUGGCUAAGGUACUCCCUCUUUUAUCCACUGUACCCCAUUGGAAUUGCGUCUGAAUGGUGGCUAUUGUACAAGGCCAUUGAACCAGGUCGUCAAGUCAGCACCGCUAUCCCGCCAAUCUUCACCUUCUGCCUGUGCCUGUAUAUCCCUGGGUCUUACACGAUGUACACGUAUAUGAUCAAGCAAAGAAAGAAGACUCUCUCCAAGGCUUUGAAGGCCCAAUGA